UAGCUCCAUCGUCGACUACGACAAUGGGACCCUAGAACGUGCACCACUUCAUUUCCCUUCCGCGGCAGCUAUGGUUCCCGUUUCCUCCCCAUCCCACUCUGUGUGUGUCUGAUUUCUGUCGGAGUGAUUUGGGACACCGAUUUCUGUUUGAAUCGGUAGUUUACAUUGUCGAACCAGUUACUUGGGUAUACCUUUCGGCACCACAGGUAUUGAUUCUACUCAUUGCUCUCUCUCUCCCCCUUCAUCCGAGCUCGUUGCUUUAGAAAAAUGGGAGCUUUUUCUUUGUAGACCUUUUGCUAGAUAUUUGCAUCUGAAAGCAGCAAUUUUCUUUCACGAUUUUUUACUAGUUCUUCUACAUUUUGGCAACGUGUAGAAAUUGGUUUAGUAUGUUCAUAAUGGUUGGGUAAUAGUUUGUAUUUGCUGCCUAUCCCCUAAUUACACCUCUAAUUAUGCAAUAUGAAGUUAGGUUGUGAAUAGCCUACAAAAGGCCAGAUUUUGUGUAUAUCAAAAAGAGUAAAAUGCGGUUUUUACUCUUUUUUCAGAGUGAAUGCAGUUAGGCAUGAAAGAAAAAAGAUUGCUUUUGCAGCCGUGUGUUUUUUUUCCUUUUAGAAACCAAACAUCUAUUUUAUUUUACAUAUUUACCAUAUCAUAAAAGUGAUAGAGAGCGGGGAUACUCAUGUGGUUACACUGGAUAUGUCAGUAACAGAUUACAGACUUCCUAUAGCUAGCUUAUGUCCCUAAAUUGUUGCAAAUAAUUCUAGAAGAUAGAAACAAUAAAUAAUCAUAUCCACAUUGUAUUUGUGUGUGUGUUUUAGGGGGAGAUCGAGUGGGAAGUGUGUCACGGUAAUAUAUGUUUGCUAAAAGUUUGUGACUUUUUCAUUGGACAAUUCAUGUUUGCAUAUAUGAUUUUACAAAGGAUUUAUUAACCUACACGUAGCUGUGUCUAAACAUGAUGAGAGAUCGAGGACAAUUAUUUCACCCCUCCAGGGGGAAUGCACUGUGAGCCUGCAUUUCUCAGGUAAUGCACCCUUUGACUGGACUUCUAAUUAAACGUCCCUUGUAAUCAAAAGGAAGAAAUCCUCUCUCUCUCUCUCUCUCUCUCUCUCUCUCUCUCUCUCUCUCUCUCUCUCUCUCUCUCUCUCUAUGUGAGAAUGUCGUUGGGUUCCUCCAUGCGUGCUUAUCUGUUUAAAUUUUCUUUGUGAAUAUAUCUCUCUCACAUUCUGAAUGUCACAUUGUCAAGAAAGACUUGCUUGUGCUUGUGCUUGUACUUGCCACUGCCAUAUACAUAGACCUUCUCCAAAACCUAGCCAAUCUUUAAGUGCCCGAGCUACUAAUCCCAUCUCAUCUAAUUUUUUUCAAAAUGGCAAUAGUCCCAUCCACACUUGAAAGCCCUCUUUACCUCAACUAUAUUUCCAUUUUUUUUCUUGAAUUUUCUUUCCAUUUAUACAUGCCGUCCUUGAUCCCCACUCAUCUCAAGCCAUCGCUCUCUCCCUCCCUAGCUAGAGUUGAGCCUGACCACCUCCCUCUCCCUCUCUCUCUCUCUCUCUCUCUCUCUCUAGAACUGAGCCUGACUACUUUAGAGUAGCAUAAUUACAAGGACCACAUAUGUGGUUGAAAUAACAAGGCUUCGCAGUAUUAUUUUUUACUGUUUCCUUCAUUUGUCACCAUCUUUUCAGCUUCAUUAGAAUUUUUUUCCUGCAGGGGAUAUUGCACCAUUUAUCAGGGAAGGCGAUGAUCAUGAAGAAAAAUUGGAUUUCAGCUUGUACGACAAAUAUUUCUUUUUGAGUACUGGCUUUAAUAUUCGGCAUGCGAUGAUCUAUCCAACCUGCUUGCAUCUCAAGUGAUUGCAUGCACUCAAUACGGAAACUUUGAAGGAUGAGGUGAACUGCAAUAGUUGGAGCUUUCCACAGCAAGCAUCUUACUAUUAUUGUUGAGAGUCACAAGGGCUCUUUUUGAGGGGCAAACUGUAAAAAGGUUGACUAUAUCUAACAUUGUUCUGCAAGAAACGAGGAUCAACAUGGGAGGUGACAUGAUUGGAGAAGGUUCCCGUGGAAGAGGGGCUCGACGAGGUUUUCGUGGCCGGAGAUUUGUACCAUACUCAUCAAGAGCACGCCGACCACGAGGAGUUCGCAUCGCUGAAUACCACAGCCCAUCAAAUGAAGAUCAUGAGGUAGGAUCGGAUGACUCAACUCAGCCCCCGAGUCAUCCAUGGGAGCCUCCAUGUCCCAUUUCAAUGCCCCCAACUGAGCCGAGUAGAGGACCUUCACCUGUAAGAGAACCCCCACCUAACGGGGACAAUAUCGUACCGGUUGUCACCCCACCUAACGGAGACAAUAUUGGUCCGGUUGUGACCCCACCCAAUGGAGACAAUAUUGACCCGGCGACUGCCCCCACAAUGACUGCCUCGAAUAUAGAGCGGCCCAAACGGAAACGUGGGCCAGCUAAGUGUAUUGCGUUCGAGAUGUUGAGAAAGGCCGGAAAAGUGAUUCUGAAAAUUAACGAUGGUGAAACGGCACCAUGCUGUACGAACUCAUCCAUGUUCACUGCACGGGUAACGCAAAUAAUCAAACAACAUUGCGACAUGAGCUAUGCGAGAUGGACUGAUGUGCCACAGGCACAAAAGGACGAGUUGAUUGACCGUGUGAGGGCUGACUUCGUGUUGGAUUGGGAUUGGGAGAAUCACAAGUUGACCGUCGUGAAGCAGCUACGUAAGAGGUUUAAUGCAUUUCAUCACCAAUUACACAAGAAAUAUGAAUCAUAUGGAAGCCACGAAGAAGCAUUGGCUUCUGGUUGUUCAUUGGUCGACGUGAACGUUUGGAUUACCUUGUGUCGGAGGUGGGGAAGUGACGAAUUCAAGAAAAUGUCAAGGCAAAAUCGGGAAAAUAGAAAGGCACAAAUCAUCAACCACACAGCUGGCCGGAAAUCCUUUGUUAGGAUAUUGGAGGAGAAUCGUGCUGCAAGUGCGGAUUUGGUGGAGUUCUAUAAAGAGACGCAUUGGUCAAAGAAGACUGGUAAAUUUGUAACUGCAGCAACUGAAGCCAGCUAUAAGGAGAUGGUUGAGAAAUUGAAUGGUCUUGAGCCUGAGCAACGGACCAAUGAUGUAGCAGCAAGUGUAUUUAGGGAGGUACUUGGCUCUAGACCAGGAUAUGCAAGGGGGCUAGGAGAGAUGAUUAUCCCGGAGUCGACACGACAACGGGACAGCCAAAGAGAAAAAGAAUACCUUGCAUUGAUUGAGAAGCACAAACAAGAUGCCGACAAUUACAAGAAAGAUGCUGAGAAUUAUCGGAAAGACGCUGACAAGUACAAUACACAACUUGAUGCAAUUCAAGAGGAAGUAUUGAGACUUCGUGAGAGGCAAAAUGCAACUGAUGUCAUGAUGAGGGAAUUCUUCCAAAAUUUCCAUACACCCACGGAGUCUCAGCAGUCUCGUCGAGAGACUCCGUGAUGGUCUUGUAGAUAGAUAAUGAGAUCACUAUUUUUGAGUAGUUUGGGCAACUUUUUGUGUUUGGGAGAGGGUGGGUGGACAAUAUAUAUAUAUAUAUAAAGAGGAAGGCACAAAACUACUCUUUUGUGUCAAAGGCAAUCCACUACAACUGUGUUUUUUUGGGCUUAACUGUAUGAAUAUUCAUACAGUCAAGCGUUGCUGUUGGUACCUAUAAUGUUAUUGGCGUGGGCAAAAGAAGAUGUUGCAGCAAAUGUAUCUGGAGGAUUAUGGUCAGUGCAGUCUGCAGAAAAUAUCUAGGGAGCAGUGCUGCUAAGCCUUUGAUUCCUUGCCAAUGAAAAAUUCGUGAGGGGGUAUGAUUUGUUGUGAUAAAUAAGGACUUAUUAUAUUUGAAUAUGUGAUAGGUUACAUGCAACAAAUAUGAGUUAUUGUAUAUCCCAUGUAGAAGCAAGUAGUCCUAGAUAAUAAAUGCUGACCGAUUAACUUUGUAUGGUAAUUAAGGCAGGGACAUACUUGAUAAGUGGUGAAAGUGAUAUAUGGUUCUACAUAUUAUGGGGUAGAUGAUGCUUGGGUUGCAGCAGUUCGAGAUAUCUUGCAUCCAUGCCAUAUGGAGUGACUGGUGUCUCAUAUCUCUUCAGGUUUGUUAACUUUCUGUCACUACGCCCAGCUACAAACAUCUCCUUGUACAUGCCAAAAUGUGAAGUUCCAACAAACCAUAACUCUAGCUGAUGGUAGCAUGAAAUUUGCAACGUGUCCAUGGAGGGAAUUGUGAAGAGCAGUCAACAGGUUGGAAUUGGAGAGAGCCAUGUACAAAAAUGCGAUAAUGAAUUCCCCCCACAUGAAGCAAUUGUGAUGAAGUUGUUCUAUAGUGAACCUACAACGUCCAGGUGCACUUGGUCUACAUAUCAUUUUUAAAUAUAAAAGAGUAGGACAUUGCGAAAUCAUCUAAAUGAAUGUCGUGACAGUUUCAAAAUUAUGUUUAGAAGAAACAAUGUGUUCUAUAUAUUUAGUAGUAUUAAGUUGUAGGUUCUUGGUUCCAAUUGGUCCACCCCAUGUAUAGCCCAUAACUACACUUAAUGAGAAUGAUA